GCUUUCCGUUUCCUCACUCACGCAUCUCGAGGCACUGCUCUUCUAUAAAUACCCAACUGACCCAUACAUAGCAGCAGCCUCGUUCAACAAACUCAAAAACAAUCUCUCCCCAUCUCUCUCUCUCCAGCUCUCUCUUUUCGUCUCUCUAAAUUUCAUAAAAGUUUUAUAUAUAUAGUAUACAUACACACCUCUGUCUAUUUUUAACAACAAUGUCGCCGAUUUACUUGAAAGACACUCCUCCAUUUCCGGCGGUGGAUUCCGAUCGGAGCUCCGGCGACACCCCAGACUACGACGUACACAUCAUCACUUCCGGAGGACUUCGAAUUCCGGCGCACGCUAGCGUACUGGCGUCGGCUUCGCCGGUGUUAGAGAGCAUAAUAGAUAGUCCGAGAAAGCAUCGGAGCUCCGAGAACACUAUUCGGAUUCUCGGUGUGCCAAACGAUGCCGUUUCUGUGUUUAUCGGCUUCCUCUAUGCUUCCAGGUGUUCUGAGGAAGAAAUGGAAAAAUUUGGGAUUCAUUUGCUAGCUCUGUCUCACGUGUACUUGGUACCACAGCUAAAGCAAAGGUGCACCAAGGCAUUGGCUCAGCGAUUGACAAUUGAGAAUGUGGUGGAUGUUCUUCAACUUGCUAGACUUUGUGAUGCACCGGAUCUUUACCUCAAGUCAAUGAAGCUGAUCUCUGAAAAGUUCAAGGCUGUUGAGCAUACUGAAGGAUGGCAAUUCCUUCAAAAUAACGACCCGUAUCUUGAACUUGAAAUUCUACACUUCAUUGAUGAAGCUGAGCUGAGGAAAAAAAGGACAAAGAAGCACAGAGAAGAGCAGGGCUUGUAUUUACAGCUUAGUGAAGCCAUGGAAUGUUUGGAACAUAUAUGUACAGAAGGUUGUACCAGUGUUGGACCUCACGACAUAGAGCCAAGUAAGAACAAGGGUCCAUGUAGCAAGUUCUCAACAUGUGAAGGUCUACAGCAUUCAAUCAAACAUUUUGCUGCAUGUAAAAGAAAGGUUAAUGGAGGGUGCUUGAGGUGCAAGAGAUUUUGGCAGCUCCUUAAACUUCAUUCCUCCAUAUGUGAGCAAUCUGAUACAUGCAAAGUUCCCCUAUGCAGGCAAUUUAAGUUGAAAAGCCAAUCAGAUAAGAAGGGAGAGGAUGUAACAAGGUGGAAACUAUUGGCCAAAAAAGUAGUGUCUGCCAAAGUCAUAUCUUCAUUGUCCGUAUCGAAGAGGAAAAGAGAACAAGAGCCCAGGGGGAUGGACAUGCAUAAUGGUGAUCAUUUUAGCACUAGAAGCUUCACAAUAUGAUUAAAAGCAGCUAUUUGUGUCCGUAAGUUAAAUUACAGGGAAUCACGAAAUACUUAAGUUUCAGAUCCUAUUUUGUAUUGAGGUUCAUGUAUGGAGUCUUAUAUUUUUCUUUUUCCUGCUAAGUUGGUUCACUGUUAAUUAAAGUGGGUCACGUUUGGCUGGGGUGUCAUUGUGUAGGAGAUGGCCCAAAUAUCUCAUUUCUUAUAUGAGUUGGUCAUGGUUCUUUGGCCUUACAAGUGAAAGUCUGUCCUUUCCCUCCUGGGUUGAUGGUAAACAUAGUUUUAUUUUGUAUGCCGUUAAACUACUUGUAAAAACUGUAAGGAGUGGCUGUCUCUGUCGAUACUUUGAGGGGUGUAUUGGAUUGGGAUUUUAAAGCAUUUUUUCGCAUUCAUGAAA